AUGGAACAGAAUGAAUCUGCUGGGUCGUUGAGUUGGCGUCUCAGCUCACAUCCUAUUACUUUGUUGUGUUUCCUAGGAUUUCGCAUUUCAAGUCUUCUAGUAUAUCUCUUCGGAAUGCUCUUCAUUAAAAACUUUGUCAUGAUCUUCAUAAUAACCAUCCUGCUCCUCGCUGCCGACUUUUACUACUUAAAGAAUAUCGCCGGUCGUCGCCUCGUCGGAUUGCGUUGGUGGAAUGAAGUAGACCCUGCAUCUGGUGAUUCGCAUUGGGUCUUUGAAUCCUCGGAUCCAAAUACAAAAAUCAUAAACCCUACGGAUAGCAGAUUCUUCUGGCUUGCACUUUAUUCGCAGCCAUUGUUGUGGGUUGGAUUAGCCUUUGUGGCUAUUUUUAGGUUUGAGUUUAUUUGGUUGACAUUGAUCGUGAUUGCAUUGAGUUUGACAGUUACGAAUACUUUGGCGUUCUCGAGAUGUGAUAAGUUUGGGCAAGCAUCGAAUUUGGCGGGCAGUGCCAUGUAUUCCUCAGGAAUUGCGGGAAAUAUUGCAAGCGCUACAAUUGGAAGAUUCUUUUCGAGAUGA